UAAAAAUUAUGCAUGUAGAAUUUUCUAAAAAAAAAAAAAAAGGUGCAUGGAAAUGAAGUCAAUAUAAGGACUCCACUUGGAUUGACAUUUUGAAUCAUCGUAUAACGCAAUCUCUUCCUCUCUUCAUCUAUCAAACCCUAACCAGAAGUUUAUUUUUUCUGAAGUUUUAGAGGAUUUGGGAUGGCUUCAAAACGAAUUAACAAGGAAUUGAAGGACUUGCAGAAGGACCCUCCAGUCUCCUGCAGUGCAGGUCCUGCUGGAGAUGACAUAUUUCAUUGGCAAGCAACUAUUAUGGGUCCAGCAGACAGCCCUUAUGCUGGUGGUAUUUUCUUGGUAUCCAUACACUUCCCUCCUGAUUAUCCAUUCAAGCCUCCCAAGGUUUCAUUCAAGACAAAAGUUUAUCACCCGAACAUCAAUAGUAAUGGCAGUAUCUGCCUUGACAUUCUCAAGGAACAAUGGAGUCCUGCACUUACAGUUUCAAAGGUGUUAUUGUCGAUAUGUUCACUGCUGACAGAUCCAAACCCUGAUGAUCCUUUGGUGCCUGAGAUUGCUCAUGUCUAUAAGACUGAUAAAGCCAAGUAUGAGACUACUGCUCGAUCCUGGACACAGAAAUAUGCUAUGAGCUAGCUGCACUUUAUUUUCUUAUGGUAUAGUUGUUAAGGGUAUAAAUUAAAGGGGUGUUUUUUUGAAAUCUUAUAGUUUUGCAAUUUGAUAGCAUAUGCAAACUAGAAAUUUGAAUAAUCUAUGAGAAAUUACUGUUUGAUUGGGUAA